AUGCGUAUCUCGGCCACCAUCUCCGCCUUCGCCCUCGCCCUCCACCUCGGGGGUGCUGCGGCCCUUGGCGUCCGUCAAGAAGCUGGCACCGAAAAGGAGGCUGGCGUCUUCGUCGCCAAAAGCUUCAUUAUUGAAUAUGCUCCUGGAUCUAGUGCUCGUCGCCGUCGCCAGAACGUCGCAUCCACCGAUGGUAUCAAGAUCGUCAAGGAAUUCUCCAGUGAGAUCUUCUCCGGCGCCAGUAUUGAGACGGAAACCUUCAACUUGGACACACUUUUGAAGCUCCCCGAUGUCGUCAACGUCUGGCCUAACGAGGAAAUCAAGCUUGCGCCAUUGGAGCCCAAGGCUGCUGGGCCUAGUGAUGGGCCCGAGUACACCACCCACAAUGCCACUGGUGUCACUAAGCUUCACGCUCAGGGUAUCUUUGGCAAGGGCGUCAAGGUCGGUGUCGUUGACACCGGUAUUUGGUACAAGCACCCUGCCCUCGGCGGUGGUUUCGGACCUGGUUUCAAGGUUGCUGCCGGCUAUGACUUCGUCGGUGACGAACUGUACCCUCAAGAGGGUCCCAAGGCUCCGGAUGACGACCCGCUCGACACCCGCGGUCACGGCACCCACGUUGCUGGUAUCGUUGCCGGAAAGAACGAUCUCUGGACUGGUGUUGCGCCCGAAGCUACACUUUAUGCGUACAAGGUCUUCUCCAAUGCCGCGUCUACCGACACAGCUACGCUGAUCGAGUCUUUCCUUGCUGCGUUCAAGGACGGCGUUGACAUUAUCACUGCCAGUAUUGGUGGUGCCAAUGGUUGGUCCAACAAUGCUUGGGCUGAGGUUGCUUCUCGUCUCGUCGAUGAGGGUGUCGUUGUCACCAUCUCCGCCGGAAACAGCGGAGCCAUUGGCCCAUUCUACGGCAGCUCUGGCUCCUCCGGUAAGAAUGUUGUUGCCGUCGCCUCCAUCGAUACCGAAGUCUUCCCUUCGAUUCCUUUCGAGGCCACAUUUGGCGACUCCGAUACCGUACGCGUCGGCUACCUCCCGGCCGAAAGCUACUUCCCUAACACUGUUGUCGACUGGCCCAUUGUUGCGCCUACAACCGACACUGAAGCCACUGCUGAUGGCUGCCAGCCCUACCCUGCGGGCACCGACUUGACCGGAAAGAUUCCUCUUGUCCGUAGAGGUGGUUGCAACUUCCAGGUUAAGCAAGAGAACCUCGCUGCUCUUGGUGCUCAGUACAUUCUGAUCUACAACAACGAGUCUCCUAUGACAACACCUAGCACCGGCAACACCGACACUCAGAUUGCUCUGAUCACUGCUGAGUCCGGCAAGCGCUUCAUUGAAGCCAUCAAGGCUGGAACCAAGGUCACUGCUGACUUCUCGGUCAACCCCGAGGCUCCCGUCGCUCUUGAUUACCCUGCCGGUAACCGCCCCAACACCUUCACCAGCUGGGGUCUCCUGUAUGACAACCAGCUCAAGCCUGAUAUUGCUGCCCCCGGUGGUAACAUCUUCUCAACCUACCUGAAUGGCGAAUACGCCAUUCUUAGCGGUACUUCUAUGGCCUGCCCCUACGUUGCCGGUGUCGCCGCUCUUUACAUCAGUCAGCACGGUGGCCGCUCCGUUCAAGGCAAGGGCUUUGCCCGCGCUCUGUCCCGCCGCAUCAUCUCCAGUGGCUACGCUCUGCCCUGGUCUGACGGCACCGCCACCGACUACGGCUACACUGCCCCUCCUGCUCAGGUGGGCAACGGUAUGAUUGAUGCCUGGAAGGUCCUCCACUAUGACACUCAACUCGAGUUCGAGAAGAUCCAGCUCAACGACACCCGCUACCACAGCCGUUACCAUGACAUCACUGUUACCAACAAGGGCAAGUCGGACAUCACCUACAAGUUCUCCGCCCAGCCCAAUGCUGGUGUUGACGCCCUCACCGUCGUCCCCGCCACUGGAAGCCUCCCGAGCACCAAGCGCGUCAAGACUUUCGCCCAGCUUUCCCCCAAGACCUAUAACCCGGAGAUCAGCUUCCCUCGUGACUUUACCCUCAAGGCCGGCGAGAGCAAGACCGUUUCCGUCAACUUCAACAACCCUGACAGCCUUGGCUGGAACGCUGCCGGCCUGCCUCUCUACGGUGGCAAGGUCGUCAUUCAGGGCAGCAACGGCGAGCAGGUUUCCGUUCCCUACGCUGGUGUCGGUGCUGACCUUCGCAACACUCUGGGCGGCGUCCACGAGGCAGGCUGGCCCCAGUCUGUCUCGACUCUCAAGCAGGUUCCUAUUGCCCAAAAGGCCUCUUACACCUUCGAUCUGAGCGUUGAAGCCCAAGACUUCCCCAAGAUCUUCCAGAAGCUGCUCUGGGGAACACGCCAGACCCGUUGGGACAUCUACGAGGCCGGUUGGACCGAGCGCAAGUGGACUUACCCCCCUGUUGUCGGAGAGAACGGUUACAUUGGUUCUGCGGCUUCGUGGGUCGGCUCUGGAGACGUCGCCGUCUUCGACCCUGCGACUUACGACCCCAAUGAGACUUUCACCUACCCCAUCACCGAUGUUUCCCGCAACACCGCUACAUCUUACCACGAGCACUGGUGGUUCGGCAAGCUGGGCAACGGCACUCAGAUUGCCCCUGGCAACUACACCAUCCGCUUUGCGGCUCUCCGGCCGUUCGGCAACCCUGAGCACGCAGACAACUGGGACGUUUACAAGACGCCUCAGAUCCAGGUUCUGGGAAAGUACUAA